GCGGCGCGACUGAGUUCUUGAUUUCGGCACUCGGCUCUUCAGUCUGGCUGGUCUCUGGCGGGCUCCGCUGCGAUCUGCUCUUUCGGUGCUCGACUCACCCGCGCUGCUGCCUCCGCUGAAGGAGGAGCAAAGCUCAAGAUGGCCGACAAAACGCCAGGCGGAUCUCAGAAGGCCAGUUCAAAGAGCCGAUCAUCAGAUGUGCAUUCAUCUGGAUCAGAUGCGCAUAUGGAUGCAUCUGGACCCUCAGAUAGUGAUAUGCCAAGUCGAACACGACCUAAAAGCCCAAGAAAACACAAUUAUAGGAAUGAAAGUACCCGUGAAAGCCUUUGUGAUUCUCCUCAUCAGAAUCUUUCAAGACCUCUUCUAGAAAACAAGCUUAAAGCAUUCAGUAUUGGAAAAAUGAGCACAGCAAAGCGAACUUUAAGUAAGAAGGAACAAGAGGAACUGAAGAAAAAGGAGGAUGAAAAGGCAGCUGCUGAAAUUUAUGAGGAAUUUCUUGCUGCUUUUGAAGGAAGUGAUGGUAAUAAAGUGAAAACAUUUGUUCGAGGCGGGGUUGUUAAUGCAGCUAAAGAUGAACAUGAAACAGAUGAAAAAAGAGGUAAAAUCUAUAAGCCAUCUUCAAGAUUUGCAGAUCAAAAAAAUCCUCCAAAUCAGUCAUCCAAUGAAAGGCCACCAUCUCUUCUUGUGAUUGAAACGAAAAAACCUCCACUGAAGAAAGGGGAGAAAGAAAAGAAAAAAAGCAAUUUGGAACUUUUCAAAGAAGAACUAAAACAAAUUCAGGAAGAACGUGAUGAGAGACAUAAAACAAAGGGCAGGUUAAGUCGAUUUGAGCCUCCUCAGUCAGAUUCUGAUGGUCAGCGGCGUUCUAUGGAUGUGCCUUCAAGAAGAAAUCGAUCAUCUGGUGUUCUUGAUGAUUAUGCACCUGGCUCACAUGAUGUAGGAGAUCCAAGUACUACUAAUUUAUACCUUGGAAACAUUAAUCCACAGAUGAAUGAAGAAAUGCUGUGCCAAGAAUUUGGAAGAUUUGGACCAUUAGCUAGUGUAAAAAUUAUGUGGCCUAGAACUGAUGAAGAAAGAGCAAGAGAAAGAAAUUGUGGCUUUGUGGCUUUUAUGAAUAGAAGAGAUGCUGAAAGAGCUCUAAAAAAUUUAAAUGGGAAAAUGAUUAUGUCUUUUGAAAUGAAGUUAGGUUGGGGUAAAGCUGUACCUAUUCCUCCACAUCCAAUAUACAUUCCGCCUUCUAUGAUGGAACACACACUUCCCCCACCUCCAUCCGGUCUGCCUUUUAAUGCGCAGCCUAGAGAGCGAUUAAAAAACCCCAAUGCGCCCAUGUUACCACCACCUAAAAACAAGGAGGAUUUCGAGAAGACUCUGUCGCAAGCCAUAGUCAAAGUGGUUAUCCCAACAGAAAGGAAUUUGCUCGCUCUGAUACACCGAAUGAUAGAAUUUGUUGUGCGUGAAGGGCCAAUGUUUGAAGCUAUGAUUAUGAACAGAGAAAUCAACAAUCCUAUGUUCAGGUUCUUAUUUGAAAACCAGACACCAGCACAUGUUUACUACAGGUGGAAGCUUUAUUCUAUUCUGCAGGGAGAUUCUCCAACUAAAUGGCGGACAGAAGAUUUUCGUAUGUUCAAAAACGGAUCUUUUUGGAGGCCACCACCAUUAAAUCCUUACCUUCAUGGGAUGUCAGAAGAGCAAGAAGCAGAAGCCUUUGUGGAGGAACCUAGUAAAAAGGGAGCACUCAAGGAAGAACAGCGGGAUAAAUUAGAAGAAAUCUUGCGAGGAUUAACUCCAAGAAAAAAUGAUAUUGGAGAUGCCAUGGUUUUCUGUCUUAAUAAUGCUGAAGCUGCUGAAGAAAUAGUGGAUUGCAUUACUGAGUCAUUGUCCAUCUUAAAGACACCUCUUCCCAAGAAGAUUGCCAGGUUAUAUUUGGUUUCUGAUGUUUUGUACAAUUCUUCAGCCAAAGUUGCCAAUGCUUCAUAUUACAGGAAAUUUUUUGAAACAAAGCUAUGUCAGAUAUUUUCAGACCUCAAUGCUACUUAUCGUACAAUUCAAGGCCAUUUACAAUCUGAAAAUUUUAAGCAACGGGUAAUGACUUGCUUCAGAGCAUGGGAAGAUUGGGCAAUCUAUCCAGAGCCAUUUUUGAUCAAACUUCAAAAUAUUUUCUUAGGACUUGUAAAUAUCAUUGAAGAAAAGGAAACAGAGGAUGUCCCAGAUGAUCUCGAUGGUGCUCCUAUUGAGGAAGAGCUUGAUGGUGCGCCUCUGGAAGAUGUGGAUGGGAUUCCCAUUGAUGCUACUCCCAUUGAUGACCUUGAUGGAGUCCCUAUAAAAAGUCUUGAUGAUGAUCUGGAUGGAGUGCCUUUGGAUGCAACUGAAGACUCUAAGAAGAAUGAACCCAUAUUUAAAGUUGCCCCAUCAAAAUGGGAGGCUGUAGAUGAAUCUGAAUUAGAAGCACAAGCUGUGACAACUUCUAAGUGGGAGCUAUUUGACCAGCAUGAAGAAUCAGAAGAAGAAGAAAACCAAAAUCAAGAAGAAGAAAGUGAAGAUGAAGAAGACACUCAGAGUUCCAAAUCAGAAGAGCAUCAUUUGUAUUCUAACCCUGUCAGAGAAGAAAUGACUGAGUCUAAGUUCUCUAAAUACUCUGAAAUGAGUGAAGAAAAACGAGCUAAGCUUCGUGAAAUUGAGCUCAAAGUUAUGAAGUUUCAAGAUGAAUUGGAAUCUGGAAAGAGACCUAAAAAGCCAGGCCAGAGCUUCCAGGAACAAGUCGAGCACUACAGAGAUAAAUUGUUGCAACGAGAAAAGGAGAAAGAGUUAGAAAGAGAACGAGAAAGAGACAAAAAAGAUAAAGAAAAAUUGGAAUCCCGAUCCAAAGACAAGAAGGAGAAAGAUGAAUGUACUCCAACAAGAAAAGAAAGGAAAAGACGGCAUAGUACUUCUCCCAGCCCAUCUCGGAGUAGCAGUGGUAGGCGAGUGAAGUCCCCAUCUCCAAAAUCAGAACGGUCAGAACGGUCAGAAAGAUCUCAUAAAGAAAGCUCACGGUCCAGGUCAUCUCACAAAGAUUCUCCUAGAGAUGCUAGCAAGAAAGCCAAAAGGUCGCCAUCUGGUUCAAGGACACCUAAAAGGUCUAGGCGGUCUCGGUCUAGGUCGCCUAAGAAAUCAGGAAAGAAAUCCAGAUCCCAGUCCCGGUCUCCACACAGGUCUCAUAAAAAGUCAAAGAAAAACAAACACUGACACAUAAUUUUUAAGAUGCUGUCACUUAUUGGAAAUGCAAGUUUGUUUUGUGCCUGAAUGGUCUGUUUGUUUUUUGUUUGUUUUUUUAAUAAAAAAAAAACUACACACACAAAAACAAAAUUCUAAUGAAAGAGCAUUCCUGAGUUUGUUUGUUUGUUUGUUUGUUUGUGAAUGCAUGUGUAAACUCAUGAGUAACUGCAUCUGUAGACCUGUCAUUGUUUUAUAUUGUAUAAAUUACUUUUGUUGUGGCUGUUUCUCAAGAUGAAAUUUUUAUUGUGCUAAUGAAUUUCAUCAGAAAUGUGUACAAUGGAUCUGCUGGCAGUAGUAGUGUUUUGUUUUAGGAUGUUGUGACUUAGACACAUAAUACAGAUGUCUUCCCCUCUUUUGUAGCUUUGACAAUUUGAAUUAGAUUUCAAAUAAAAUCUGAACAGAAAACUAUAAUGUUGUUUUUUUGCCCAGUUGGUGACACCAAGUCCCUUAAAGACCUACUAAGUGAAUUUGGCACUCUUGCUGUUUCCACACCUAGUGACUUCACAAGCUCCAGUGUUCAAGCAGCUAGUGUGUUAUGUUUACUAAGUGGCUACCAAAAGUAAAACCCGUAAGAAGGUUUCCAUACCUAGAGGUGAGAAGGCUUGAGUAAGUGGGUAUGAUGUGGUAUUUGUUGCUGUAAUGCCCAGUUAAAAUUUCAUUUUUCAAAGAAGCAACAUGAUUUCAAAAGCACUCAACCCAUCUUCUGAGCAAUUACGUGUUUUUAGGGUAGAUUUAAUUUUUAUCUUCUAUCAUGAAACAAGUUUGUUUAUAAAAGAUUUUAUAAAAAAGAUUUGCCAUAGAAUUCUUUUGUAUAAUAGUUGCCUUUUUAUAAUUGUCUGUAGGUUAUCUUUAAAACACUGGUAUCAUGAUAUUUGUACAAAUUUGUUUGAAAUAGCUUUUCUGUUUUGAAGAUUUGGGUUUGAAGUACAGCUUUCAAUAAAAAUUGAAAAUUAAAUGGUUUUCAGGCAAUUUUAACACUCAGUGGUUUGUAAAUUCAAGGUGCAAAAAGUUGACUUAAACCAUUUGCAGAGUUGAAUUCUGUUAUAAACAGGAAAGAACUUGCUGUAGUCUGAGGGGAAAACAGGAAAACUUGUGAAUGUUGAUCAAAAUACUGCAGUGAAUAUAAUGUAAUAAAGGGUGACAUAGACUCA